UUGACACAACCUGUAUGCGCAGGGAUCAAGCAGGGUUGUCCUUCAGUGCAGCUAACCAGAUAGCAUUCACUCCGACUCAUUUCAGCGUACCUGGAAUAGGUGUACGCAAAAGGAAACGACACUGUUGUGGACCAUGGCGGCAAGGAUUUUGCCCGUAGUGAAACUGGCUACCAAGGUGACCAUUGCAGGAGGGGCUUUGUAUGUUGCCUAUGACUCUGGCCUGUUGGGAAGCAGUGAGCAGGGUUCAAAGGCCCUGGAGAAGGCCAAGGUUGCAGUACCCCCAGCCAUAGAGGAAUGGAUGAAGUACUUUGGCCUGGAGGCUCAGCUUCCAACCAUGCCUAAGAUUGAAUUCUCCCCUGUUCAAUCAUGGAACUCUGGAGUGCGGUGGACGAUUUCAGCUCUUUCAGAGGCUCCCACAAAGGCAACUGAAUACUCGAAUCAAGGUUUGCAGUACCUGAAAGAUCUCACCAAGUGAACAGGAACUCUCUGAGCAACCUGACAUUUAUCAAUUAUUUAGACUUUUGCACUUGAGAGACGACAUUACUUUUUCAAAAGUUGUAGCCCCUCACAAGAAAGAAGAAACACCCAACAUGAAAGAAAACCGAUAGGUGUAAUUCAGCUGCAAGGAGUGUAGUUUUCUGAAUGGCACUGUGGUUCUCUAAAUGAUAGCGGCAUUGGUUGGGAGUUGUACAUAAUGCGAUAAAGUAAAAAGUGUUUAAAAAAAGUUGUUCUGUCAUUUUGUGUAUAUCACAAAUUUGUGUGUACAGACUGUUCUCCCAUUUUUCUCAAACCAUCCAAAUAAUGUAAUGAAGAGUGUCUGUUGUAUAUAUGCAAUUUCACCAAUUAGUUUCAAGUAAUACAUCGACCUUAAAACACA